GUAAGAAGAUCAUAAUUUAUUUUGAGGAGUACAAUCAUGCGUGAAUAACGGAUUACGGCAUUAUUUCAUACCUUGUGAUUAUCGGCACGUCUUCGUGCAGCUGAAUUUCUCUAGGAUUCUAUCGUGUCUUUUCUUCAGUUGAGUUAUGUAAGUAUUAGCGUGACUUCCAAUAUCCGUUUCAUUACUUUGUGGGUUCUAGUGAUGCAACAAGUGUGGUGAUGCUGGCUAGGUACUGAUUGGAACCGAGAAUAGAUAGAAAAAAUACUUACGUGACAACAAGACAGCUUUUCUUCAUCUAGUGAGUUCUUCAGCAGUGGAAAUCAACAGAAGGCUACCAUUAUGUCAAAGCUAACAUCCACUUCCGUUCUCACCUCUGGAGCAAUGAAAAUGCCUGUCAUUGGCUUAGGAACAUGGCAAGCCGGAGGAGAUGAAAUUGAAAAAGCAGUCGAUCAUGCAUUAUCCGUUGGUUAUCGGCAUCUUGAUACUGCCUAUGUGUAUCAAAAUGAAGAAAGCAUCGGAAAAGUUCUCAAAAAGUGGCUCUCAAGCGGAAAAAUUAAAAGAGAGGACUUGUUCAUCACAACCAAGCUACCCAACACACAUAACGCUGCUGAACUCGUUGAAUCAGUCUUAAAGAAGCAGCUUGAAUGGUUGAAUCUUGAUUAUGUUGAUUUGUACUUAAUUCAUCUCCCAAUACGAUUCAAGCAAGACGAUACAAAUCCUUUGCCCAAAGACGAGCAAGGGAACAUCAUAAGAGAACCGGUGGAUCUAAUUAGUUUAUGGAAGGCAAUGGAGGCACAAGUCGAUGCUGGUCGGGCAAAAAAUAUUGGCUUGUCAAAUUUCAACUCAAAACAAAUUGCAAACAUAGUGGAAAAGGCAAGGAUUAAACCAGCCAAUUUGCAAGUAGAACUUCAUGUUUAUUUACAACAAAAAGAACUGGCCAAGUUUUGCUCAAAGCACGGCAUAACUAUUUGCGGGUAUGCCCCUCUUGGAUCACCCGGAAGUAAAACUUUCUUCAAAGCUGUGUCAAACGGUGAAACAGAGUUGCAGAAUUUAAAUCCAUUGGAAGACCCUGUUGUCCAGAAAAUUUCUGCAACUCACAAAAAGACUCCUUCUCAAGUUUUAUUACGGUUUUUACUGCAAGAAGGUUUUGCCGUAAUCCCAAAGAGUUCCAAUCCCCAACGGAUAGAACAGAACUUACAGGUAUUUGACUUCGAACUUUCAGACCAAGAAGUAGACACCCUUCGCGCCCUGGAUAAAGGAUCCUCUGGGCGAAUUUUUGAUUUCCUAUUUUUCCCUGGGGUUGAAAAAGACGAAAACUAUCCCUUCACUAUUCCAUUUUAAUUUGUUUUACCUUUAAUUUUCUGAGUGUUUUAAAAGAUUUGUGAAAAAAUACAACUGGUAACUGAAGUCACAUUGAUUGUGCAAUACUCACUGUUGUGAUAUUUUAAGAAACCCUAUUUUAUACCUUUCUCAUCACAAAAAUUGCUUCUACUUAAAAUUUGUCCGAAAAUUGCUUCUACUUAAACUAUUUCCAAAAAUAUGCUGCAAUAAUCUUCUUCAUCUGUUCCAAAGAAACAUCAAUGAGCUCAAUAAUUUCAUCAUAUAAAACAAAGUUCUCUUCUUAAAAAAGCUAUUAAUGAAGCAGUGAAUUAUUUCUAAAAAUUUCAUGUGAAAACUCCUAAUAAGUUUGGUGCAAAUAAGAGGAGGGUAAAAAGGAGUCGUUACGAUUCACAGUUUUUGUAUAACAUACAUGGAUGAAAUUUGAGGCUCCUUCCAUCAAAUGGACCUCAGAAAUGAUCUAGGGAGCCUCUUUUAGUAUACAUUUGUUUCUAGUAUUUUAUUAAUAAAUAGUUUCAAAGAUUGUUGUUUUAUCAUUAAAAAUGAUGUUUUUAUUGAUCCUUUCAUGUAAUAAAAUGUCUCAAUAAUGCCAAAA